UCGUAAAAACUGAGCGAGUGGGUGCGGUGUCCGAUGGGGAUUUGCAAUGCGCCUGUCACGUUUCAGCGAGCGAUGAACAUGACGUUCCAAAAUUUCGUCAACAAGACACGGCUGACGCAAGGGAUGAUCAACUUCUGUGUGAUCAUAUACGUGGACGACAUCCUGGUCUAUUCGGAGACCUAUCACGGGCACGCGCAACACAUCGAGUGGACAUUGGGCGCACUGAGAGAUGCUGGGUUCAAGACUGCGCUCGAGAAAAGCGAAUUUUUCCUCUCGGAAAUUUCGUUCUUGGGCUACGUCGUGACACGUGGAGGAUUGUGGCCGGACUCGAGAAAAGUUGCGGCGGUGAAGGAAGCCACGGAUCCCACGUCACUGAUGCAGUCCGAUAUCCAUCCUCGCCUUUCCUACUGUCUAACGACCCUUGCUGUCCCCGACAUUCAUCCCCCACGUUGGGACUUGUGGCGCGAAGACUUCGUCGAGCUUUCACUGUGCUUGGUUGAGGUACGGCUGACGUGGACCGAGGACGAGGCGCGCCCGCCUUGCAUAGAGCGCCUGGAGUUGCUGUUCAUCCAGGCUUGGCGAACCAACGUGGAGGGAGAACUCCUCGCGUUUCUGUUCGGUACAGUGCGGCCCGGACAUCAGGAACUCAUCGCGCAAGAGCUCACGAUCCCGGUAGUGCAUCUGGCGGACGAUCUCCCUCUCGACAUCAUCUCGCAAGACGACGAGCACCCGAUUCCUCAUGUGCUUUCUCGCACAUUGACGCCGUAUCUCCAGUGGUCGGCUUGUGUGGAGGGAGCCGYCGAGCGCAUCCCKCCRUCGCAGCAGCAGUAUUUGGAUCCCCGGACGGUUCGCGAUCCUGCCUUCUUCAGGCAUCCAACGGCGGAGCAGCUUGCUGCCAUUCGAGAGGAGGAAGAGGAGGAAGAAAGCACUGAGAGUGACGAAGGAGAAGACGAGCAGGAAGAAAGGGGGGAAAGCGACGAAGUACUAGGGGAAGAGGACGAAACCCCCGAAGAAGGAAGCUAUAGCGAGCAUAGCGAGGGGGAGCAGAGCGAAGAAGAAGAAGAAGAAGAAGAAGAAGAAGGAGAAGAGGAGAACGAAGAAGAACCUGCGGAAUCGGAGUGGGAAGUUGUGCCGGAAGAAGCGCUGCGCACGGGCACGGAGGCUGAAGAUCCGGAGGUGGCCCGCAAAAGAGAAGAAACCGCGGCCGGGAAGAGGAAGCUAGAGUUUGCGAGCGGGGCAAGCUUGCACGUCUACGACGACCCAAACCGAGAUCCGGAGCCGCCCCGACCAGAACAUGGCGACCUCACGGCCACGACUCCGACCUCAUCAGCGAGGCGACGGAGNGUCUACGACGACCCAAACCGAGAUCCGGAGCCGCCCCGACCAGAACAUGGCGACCUCACGGCCACGACUCCGACCUCAUCAGCGAGGCGACGGAGCCGAUCCCCCUCCUCCCCAACCCGUCCCCUAGUUCGCCAACGUACCGAUACGGGCGAUCGGUCUUCGUCCCCGAUCGCUCUCUCGUCGUCCCCUUGAAUACCUCACCCUCCGCCAGCCCACCACCCCCGUUACGUUCCCCUCUAAUCCGCUCCCCCAUGACGCCU